AUGCCGCCCAGGAAGUCGAGAGCAGUCAGGCAGGCAGACAUGCAGAAUGACGCGAACUUGGCUGAGCCGUCCACGUCAACAGCAUCGGCAUCCGAAGCCGUCAUAGUCGAAGAGACACCAGCCGGAACAGCAAGCUCGUCCACCAAAUCUAAAUCCAGGCCGAGAGCAGCACGUCACCAGCCACUCGUGCUCGAGCAACCGCCACCCGAACCUACUGCUCCCUCUGCAGCAUCACCCCAAGAACCAUCGGAGCCCGAACCCGCCGCAUCUAGUUCGAAACCGACGAUGGAAGACCGACAAGCGCGACUUUCCGAGCUCCGAGCCAGGAUGGCAGCAUCCACCCGUGCAAAUCGGCGCGACAUCCUAUCCGAGCAAUCCCGUACGCGUGCAAUCGCCUCUGACCUCAAGUCCGCUUCUGGCUCGCGCAAGCUGCAAAAGGCAGAAAAGCUGCUCGAAGAACGCGAUCUUCGCGAAUCCGGAGAGGACCUCGAGCGACACAGAAACAUGAACUACUCUCUCGAAGACAGCGAACGGUGGGAUGCGAAAUUGGAGGAGAAAGCACGACGUAAAGAUCAGGGGCCCGGCGACUUUGGUGACGCUGCAGAACGCGCGUACCAACGCCAGUUGCGAUCGAUCAAAACCGAUGUCUCGGCGUACAAGAAGCAGCGCGACCAGGCCGAGGAGCUGAAAUCCAGCAGCCCUGCCAGCAGCGCCCUAAUCCCGCGAGGAAAGGCGAGAGGCGAUGCCGAAGCGACCGAUGAGCUACAUUACGGAACCCACCGCCCCACCGACGAAGCCCUCGAUCGUGUCGUCAAUCACCUCAACCACGAGAAGCAGAUGAUCCAAAAUCGAAGCCGCAGAAGAAACGACGACCCCGAUGCCGAAGUUAACUACAUCAACGAUAGCAACAGGCACUUCAACAAGAAGCUCAAGCGGUUCUACGAUAAACAGACACAGGAGAUCCGAGAGAAUCUCGAGAGAGGUACGGCGCUCUAA